UCAUCUGCAACGCUUACGUGACGCAGAGAUCUCAAACACAUGUUAAAUGUUACCGGCUUUUUUGAGCUUGAUCUCCAUCAUCGCGCUACGAACAAAUACUUUCAUCCUCCGAGUUAGCGGAUUGAAACCUGAACGCGGCGCCGCACCUUUCAGGAUCCGAUUGAGGCUGUUGGAGCUAGUUAGCGUCGUUAGCAUAGCUGAUUAACUGUCACCAUUUCUGUUUAGUGACGGAUCAACUCGAACCAGAUUGAUCGAUAUAGUUUGUUAGGAUAAGCUAACCAUACACACAAACUGGUACUUGGACUUCACAAUCAGUAGAGACUAGUCAUCAGUGUGUUAGCCUCUGGAAGCACUCUGGCUUUGGAACCAGGCUCACUUCCUUGUGCCGUGUUCGAGGUCAUUCUGUAGCCCCGACUAAAGCAGCUGCUCUCGGGUAUAAGCCAUGAAGAGUCUGCCGUACUUCUGCCGAGGAGAGGUUAUUCGAGGAUUCGGAAGAGGAAGUAAAGAACUCGGAAUUCCCACUGCCAACUUCCCAGAUUCGGUGGUGGACAAUCUUCCAGCAGAUAUUAGCACAGGAAUCUAUUAUGGCUGGGCUUGUGUCGGGAAUGGCGAUGUUUACAAAAUGGUGAUGAGCAUCGGCUGGAACCCUUACUACAAAAAUACAAAAAAAUCCAUGGAGACGCACAUCAUUCAUAAGUUUAAAGAAGACUUCUAUGGAGAGAUGCUGAGUGUGGUUAUGGUGGGCUACAUCCGCUCAGAGAAGAGCUAUCCCUCACUUGAGGACCUAAUUGCAGCCAUCAACAGUGACAUUGAGCAGGCCAAGGUUAUGCUGGAUCUCCCAGAGAACAGCAAACUGAAAGAGGACAACUUCUUCACCAGCACCUCCAACUCGUCUCCGGUCUCUCCAUCAUCAGCCGCAUCCACGUCUCAGAGCAUCAUCAACGGUCACUGACAGCUGGCAGAGAUGGCAGCGCUUUGUGCUCUGAGCCAAUGAGCACACUUCUUUUGUUUUUUUUGUGUUCAGAUUUCUAGCCUUAAUAUAAAAUCUGUCAGCUGACAUGAACAGUUAACUUCUGUCUUUUUUUUCUCUUUUGUUUUUAUAUUUGGUUGUGUUAGGGCUGUUUACUGGCCUCUGUGCUUUAACUGGACACAGCCUGUUAGACUAUAUUCACAGCACAUUAUCUGGAUCUUCUGUACAUUUUCAAACAUUUAAAGGAGAGGUCAGAGAAAAAUCACUCUUCGAAGAAAACCGUUUUCCAAAUGUGAGCUAACGUCACGUACCCAAGUCAACAUCACUGCAUUAGUAUUCAUAAAAUGAGACAUUGUUAGAUAAUAUUGCUACUAUAACUUGAUUAUCUUUAUCAAAACUAAGUGAUAAACUUGAGUAACCUUAAAGUUGUUUAAGUUCCUGCUGCUUAUUCCUUAAUCCGUCUGCAGUAGUCUGUCAGAGGUUGGAUUAUUGCUGCGCUAUCUGACUUAAAUCCUACAUUUGAUCAGAUGUGGUUUUAAAAGCAGAACAGUUACUUAUUUAUACAAGAGUACUACAGCCAACUACAGUGUAAUUUGGGUAAUAAACUCCAUAAUAAAAAUGUGUUUUAUCAGUAAUUCUAAGAAAUUUUAGCUAAUUUCCUUGAAAGGUUUGAAUGUCUUGAACUUUGACACAAAGGUUUCGGUCCUAUCAGCCAAGCUGAUUAAAUCAGAUGAUAUGAAAAACACUAAGCUUGAAUGACCAAGCACUUUUUUCUACUUCUUAUAGUAAAACCUGAUUAGAAGAGAGUGAGGAAAAUAAACCUCAAUGUAUCUAUCUUGUGUGUAUAUACAGAAAAAAGCCUUUGAAGUUUAUGAACAUAUAUUUUUUUUUACAUUAUUGUAUGCAAAAGUUUAAGACAGAUGAGCUAUUGCCCAAUUAGAAUUAUUCCAGUUUUAUUCUGGUAUUUUCACUGAUGAACUUAAAACCCCUGAAGGAGGAAUUGCUUUUCUUCUGUUUAUUUUAAAUCUGAGAUUACAGGAAACUGAGGAUAAAGUGAUUUUGUAUUCUCUGUGAAGCCUGUUGUGAUUGUUAAAAGCUUCCAUCUGUAAUGUUUAAAUCUAAUUAUUUUAUCUAUUAAAACAUUUAAGA